CACAGAGACACAGAGAUGGGAAGCUAUUCCAUGGAAACCGAUUCCCUUCCUUCGAUGAGGGAGGAGGAGAUGAAGGAGACGCUGUCUCUGGCGGUGGAAGCGGAGGAGGAGGAGGAGGAGGAGGAGGUAUGGCCGCGGAAGUGCGGCGGGGUGACGCUCGAGGGAUACGUGGACGGGGCGGACGGCGGAGAGGAGGGAACCGGCGGCGUCGCGAGGACGAAGAGCUUGACGGAUGAGGACCUGGAUGAGCUCAAAGGGUGCCUCGACCUCGGAUUCGGUUUCAGCUACGAGGAGAUCCCCGAGCUCUGCGACACGCUCCCUGCGUUAGAGCUCUGCUACUCCAUGAGCCAGAGGUUCUUGGACGAGCAACAGCAACAGCAGGAUCGCUCCUCCUCUGCCGAGUCCAUGGAUCUGAGCGCGCCGCCUCCUUCUCCUCCCAUCGCCAACUGGAGGAUCUCCGGCCCUGGGGAUGAUCCGGAUGCAGUAAAAGCAAGGCUCAAGUAUUGGGCCCAAGCAGUGGCUUGUACUAUUAAAUUAUGCAGCUGACACAUACAUGGUUCGACUUUUCCCAGUUCUUCAGGAGAUCGAAGAAUUAAUCCAUCGGCUUCCUGCUGCCAAGCUUAUGUUUUGACAGAGUGAAUCCUCUCCUGAUGUUUCUCUGCUUGGUUUCAUUGCAUGCUGCUAUCAUUUUUCUGGAGAUGGAAGGAAGCUGACGCAUAGAUAAGAAGUAGAGAAUUGCAAGAAAGAAAGACGUGUGAAAUCACAUUGAGAACAUGUCUGAUCUGCGUUCCUGUGGAGUACACAUCUUCCUUUAACAAAAUCCUUUUCAUGUUGGUUGCUUUA